AUGUCCCUAAUUUCUGCCUUUCGACCUCGUUCCGCACGAACCAGUUCUAUCCGCCGCGGCCUCCGGCGAAUCGCCGGAGGAGGCCCCAAAGGGACAGCGCAUCGGAAGACACAUCCCAAGGCGUUUUGGGCCUUGCGAGGCUCCGUAUCUAUUGGCAGUCCGCUGCGUUCACUUAGACUGGCGAAGCAGGACUUCGUGAAUCUGCGCGGGCGGUAUCUCUCGGAUUGGACCGUGUUCAACCAAUUGGUCUUUACCAUGCAGUUUAUGUCUUCUUCACGAAUCUUCUACUGGGCAUCACGUUUGGUAGUGACUUGUAUGUCCCGACAGGCAAAAGCCGGGGGACUGUCGAGGUAG